AUGGCGAGUUUUGCAGAGGCGUUUGCGAGGCACGCAGAACGCUUUGUGGCUGAAAUUGAGAAGGUGGAGAGAUGGAGAAAUGCACUUACUGAAGCUGGGAAUUUAUCAGGGUGGGAUUUGCAAAAUGUUGCAAAUGGCAUACUUAAAAGUCCUAAACAACAGCAAAGUUUCAGUUUCAGUGAAGACUCCAAAUGGGCAGAGCAAAGCUUCAAAUGGGCUGCAGCUUCGUUAUUGUCAGUGAAGACUCCACAACAUCAGGAGAAGUUUCACCCCAUGGGAUCUGCUCAGGGUUCCUAA